CGGGAACCGAGCGGCGCAGCCCUAAGUGAGGUGGCCGCUCUCAGACGCGGCGGCUCCCGGUAUCCCGCGAUGCCGAGACCGGACGCGGACGGCUUGCCUCUCUGAGCCGGUCUCGGCGCGGAAGGCAACGAGGGAGGCCAUGGCGGAGUCCUCCGAGCCCGGGCGGCGGGCGGCCGCGGGCGGCGAGAGCCUGGACGAAGAAGAGGACGAGGAGCGGGAGCCGCUGCUGCCGAGGAUCGCCUGGGCCCCGCCGCGGAAGGGAGCCCCGGGGACCGCCGUGAGGCUGGCGGGGGAUGCCGGGGAGGCGGGCGCGGCGUCCCCUGGCCAGGCGGACGACAGGGAACGGCUGCUCCGGCCCGCAGCCUCGCCCCGCUGCCCCUCCCGCGGCAUCCCCCACCGACCGAGCUCACCCACCAACCUGGACUGCAGCCGCUCCGUGGGCUCAGAGUUGAAUGUAUUCUUGGAUGAUCCAGUGUUUGCUGAUGUUAUUUUGAAAGCAGAGCAAGCAAUUGAAUUUGGAGUUUUUCCAGAAAGAAUCUCUCAAGGUUCAAGUGGAAGUUACUUUGUCAAGGAUCCUAAGAGGAAAAUUAUUGGUGUGUUCAAGCCCAAAUCAGAAGAGCCUUAUGGUCAACUGAAUCCAAAAUGGACCAAAUAUGUUCAUAAGAUCUGCUGCCCGUGCUGCUUUGGCAGAGGCUGCUUGGUGCCCAACCAGGGGUAUCUUUCCGAAGCUGCUGCCUCCCUUGUGGACGAAAAGCUUCAUCUGAACAUUGUACCGAAAACAAGGGUGGUUUGGCUGGUCAGUGAGACAUUUAACUACAGUGCCAUUGACCGUGCAAAAGCUAGAGGCAAAAAGUAUGCCUUAGAGAAAGUGCCCAAAGUCGGUAGAAAAUUUCAUCGGAUAGGACUCCCUCCUAAGAUUGGUUCCUUUCAGUUAUUUGUUGAAGGUUACAAGGAGGCUGAAUUUUGGCUUAGGAAAUUUGAAGCCGACCCUUUGCCUGAGAAUAUUAGAAAACAAUUUCAGUCACAGUUUGAAAGAUUAGUGAUUUUGGACUACAUCAUCAGAAACACAGACAGGGGAAACGAUAAUUGGUUAAUCAGAUAUGAAAAGCAGAAACGUGCACUAGAAAGUAAGGAAGCAGAUUGGACUGAUGAUAAAGAACCGCUUAUUCAAAUAGCUGCAAUUGAUAACGGUCUAGCAUUUCCUUUUAAACAUCCUGAUGAGUGGAGAACAUAUCCAUUUCACUGGGCUUGGCUUCCACAAGCAAAAGUUCCCUUUUCUGAAGAAACAAGAAACUUGAUUCUGCCAUAUAUUUCUGACAUGAACUUUGUGCAAGAUUUAUGUGAAGAUCUUUAUGAACUUUUUAAGAUUGACAGAAGAUUUAACAAAGCCACUUUUGAAAGUCAGAUGUCUGUGAUGAGGGGUCAGAUCUUAAAUCUCACCCAGGCUUUGAGGGACGGGAAGAGUCCGGUCCAGCUGGUACAGAUGCCUUGUGUGAUCGUGGAGCAGAGCCAAGGGCGGGCCCAGGGCCGGAUCGUCCAGCUCAGCAGCUCCUUCACGCAGACGUUCCACUGCAGGAAGCCCUUCUUCUCCUCCUGGUAGCAGGUGGGCGACACGCCUGCCGUCUCUCGAGCGGCUGCAAUGGGGAGUGUGUCGACGUCGCAUUGCAGUGAUGCGGGUCUGCUGUUAAGCGCUCGGGCUGCCGAAACCUCCAAUAAUAAUGUGUUUUAAAGGUUGUGUUCUGAAUGUUCUCAAAAGUUUACAGUUUUUUGUCCAAAUAUUAACUUUUUGUUUCAGGGAAGAACUGAGAUAUCUCCUAUAUUGUAUUUUUGUAGAAAAAUGUACUUUAUGUUGAUGAUGUUAGUUGCAAAGGUAAUUUCAUGGUUUACACUUUCUGAAAUGACUGUAAUUAUUUUAGAAUUUCAAAUAGGAAAAUAAGGUAUUUGUUGACCUUGAAUAAAAUAACUUUUUAUAUACUUUUUAAACAUUGAGAAGAAUGUUUAUGUUAAUUCUUCUUACAGUAUAAAAGCCUUUGAAUAUGAAGCUACUCUUAUGAACUUAAUAGAUUAGUUAAUAGAAAAACAGGUAAGAACAACGCAAUGUUGCCUUAAUUUAAAAAGCUGCUAUUUUAGAUCUUGAAUAAAUCCCUAAAAGACAGUUGUGAGGGACCAGAAAAGUAUAUCUUAGUUAAGUAAUAGAUGACCUUUAUUUUUUUUUGUACUUCAGAAUAUUUUUGGUCAAUUAUUUUGUCAUAAUGAGGAAAAAAUCUAAAGAUGACCCCUUUUUUUAAAAAAUAAAAACACUCAACUGAGACUUGAGGAGAAUUAGGUAAAAUUAAGGUAGAUCCUUAAUGUUUUUGAAAUUCCA